AUGAGAAGAUAUUCGCCGACCCCAGCCUUCCGUCUCACUUUACCUGUCCGAACAGAUGUUCAGCCAAGUUUUCACUCUUCCAACUUUAUUCGUUCCUUUCCUCAUUGUUUUAUUCUUUCCUUCCUUAUUGUUUUAUUCAUUCCUUCCUUAUUGUUUUAUUCCUUCCUUCCUUAUUGUUUUAUUCCUUCCUUCCUUAUGGUUUAUUCAUUCCUUCCUUAUUGUUUUAUUCCUUCCUUCCUUAUGGUUUAUUCUUUCCUUCCUCAUUGUUUUAUUCUUUCCUUCCUUAUUGUUUUAUUCUUUCCUUCCUUAUUGUUUUAUUCCUUCCUUCCUUAUUGUUUUAUUCCUUCCUUCCUUAUUGUUUUAUUCUUUCCUUCCUUAUUGUUUUAUUCUUUCCUUCCUUAUUGUUUUAUUCUUUCCUUCCUUAUUGUUUUAUUCCUUCCUUAUUGUUUUAUUCUUUCCUUCCUUAUUGUUUUAUUCCUUCCUUCCUUAUUGUUUUAUUCCUUCCUUCCUUAUUGUUUUAUUCUUUCCUUCCUUAUUGUUUUAUUCCUUCCUUCCUUAUUGUUUUAUUCUUUCCUUCCUUAUUGUUUUAUUCCUUCCUUCCUUAUUGUUUUAUUCCUUCCUUCCUUAUUGUUUUAUUCUUUUAUUCUUCCUUAUUGUUUUAUUCCUUCCUUCCUUAUUGUUUUUAUUCUUUCCUUCCUUAUUGUUUUAUUCCUUCCUUCCUUAUUGUUUUUUCCUUUAUUCCUCCUUCCUUAUUGUUUUAUUCUUUUCUUCCUCAUUGUUUUAUUCCUUCCUUCCUUAUUGUUUUAUUCUUUCCUUCCUUAUUGUUUUAUUCCUUCCUUCCUUAUUGUUUUAUUCUUUCCUUCCUUAUUGUUUUAUUCCUUCCUUCCUCAUUGUUUUAUUCCUUCCUUCCUUAUUGUUUUAUUCCUUCCUUCCUCAUUGUUUUAUUCCUUCCUUCCUCAUUGUUUUAUUCUUCCUUCCUCAUUGUUUUAUUCCUUCCUUCCUCAUUGUUUUAUUCCUUCCUUCCUUAUUGUUUUAUUCCUUCCUUCCUCAUUGUUUUAUUCCUUCCUUCCUUAUUGUUUUAUUCCUUCCUUCCUCAUUGUUUUAUUCUUUUCCUUCCUUAUUGUUUUAUUCCGUCCUUCCUCAUUGUUUUAUUCCUUCCUUCCUUAUUGUUUUAUUUUAUCCUUCCUUCCUCAUUGUUUUUAUUCUUUCCUUCCUUAUUGUUUUAUUCCUUCCUUCCUCAUUGUUUUUUCCCUUUCUUCCUCAUUGUUUUAUUCCUUCCUUCCUCAUUGUUUUAUUCCUUCCUUCCUUAUUGUUUUAUUCUUUCCUGCCUUAUUGUUUUAUUCUUCCUUCCUCAUUGUUUUAUUCCUUCCUUCCUCAUUGUUUUAUUCCUUCCUUCCUCAUUGUUUUAUUCCUUCCUUCCUCAUUGUUUUAUUCCUUCCUUCCUCAUUGUUUUAUUCCUUCCUUCCUCAUUGUUUUAUUCCUUCCUUCCUUAUUGUUUUAUUCUUUCCUUCCUUAUUGUUUUAUUCCUUCCUUCCUUAUUGUUUUAUUCCUUCCUUCCUUAUUGUUUUAUUCUUUCCUUCCUCAUUGUUUUAUUCCUUCCUUCCUUAUUGUUUUAUUCUUUCCUUCCUUAUUGUUUUAUUCCUUCCUUCCUUAUUGUUUUAUUCCUUCCUUCCUUAUUGUUUUAUUCUUUCCUUCCUUAUUGUUUUAUUCCUUCCUUCCUUCCUUAUUGUUUUAUUCCUUCCUUCCUUAUUGUUUUAUUCUUUCCUUCCUCAUUGUUUUAUUCCUUCCUUCCUUAUUGUUUUAUUCUUUCCUUCCUUAUUGUUUUAUUCCUUCCUUCCUUAUUGUUUUAUUCUUCCUUCCUUAUUGUUUUAUUCUUUUCCUUCCUUAUUGUUUUAUUCCUUCCUUCCUUAUUGUUUUAUUCUUUCCUUCCUUAUUGUUUUAUUCCUUCCUUCCUUAUUGUUUUAUUCCUUCCUUCCUUAUUGUUUUUAUUCCUUCCUUCCUUAUUGUUUUAUUCUUUCCUUCCUUAUUGUUUUAUUCCUUCCUUCCUCAUUGUUUUAUUCCUUCCUUCCUUAUUGUUUUAUUCCUUCCUUCCUCAUUGUUUUAUUCCUUCCUUCCUCAUUGUUUUAUUCCUUCCUUCCUCAUUGUUUUAUUCCUUCCUUCCUCAUUGUUUUAUUCCUUCCUUCCUUCCUUAUUGUUUUAUUCCUUCCUUCCUCAUUGUUUUAUUCCUUCCUUCCUUAUUGUUUUAUUCCUUCCUUCCUCAUUGUUUUAUUCCUUCCUUCCUUAUUGUUUUAUUCCUUCCUUCCUCAUUGUUUUAUUCCUUCCUUCCUUAUUGUUUUAUUCCUUCCUUCCUCAUUGUUUUAUUCUUUUCCUUCCUUAUUGUUUUUUAUUCCUUCCUUCCUCAUUGUUUUUAUUCCUUUCUUCCUCAUUGUUUUUUUUCCUUCCUUCCUCAUUGUUUUUAUUCCUUCCUUCCUUAUUGUUUUAUUCUUUUUCUUCCUUCAUUGUUUUAUUCUUCCUUCCUCAUUGUUUUAUUCCUUCCUUCCUCAUUGUUUUAUUCCUUCCUUCCUUCCUUGUUUUAUUCUUUCCUUCCUCAUUGUUUUAUUCCUUCCUUCCUUAUUGUUUUAUUCCUUCCUUCCUUCCUUUUUGUUUUAUUCCUUUCCUUCCUUCCUUAUUGUUUUAUUCUUUCCUUCCUUAUUGUUUUAUUCCUUCCUUCCUUCCUUCUUUUAUUGUUUUAUUCCUUCCUUCCUCAUUGUUUUAUUCUUUCCUUCCUCAUUGUUUUUUCUUUCCUUCCUUAUUGUUUUAUUUUUUCCUUCCUUAUUGUUUUAUUCAUUCCUUCCUUAUUGUUUUAUUCCUUCCUUCCUUAUUGUUUUAUUCUUCCUUCCUUAUUGUUUUAUUCUUUCCCUUCCUUAUUGUUUUAUUCCUUCCUUCCUCAUUGUUUUAUUCCUUCCUUCCUUAUUGUUUUAUUCCUUCCUUCCUCAUUGUUUUAUUCCUUCCUUUUUAUUCCUUCCUUCCUUAUUGUUUUAUUCUUUCCUUCCUUAUUGUUUUAUUCUUUCCUUCCUUAUUGUUUUAUUCCUUCCUUCCUUAUUGUUUUAUUCUUUCCUUCCUUAUUGUUUUAUUCAUUCGUUCCUUAUUGUUUUAUUCCUUCCUUCCUUAUUGUUUUAUUCCUUCCUUCCUUAUGGUUUAUUCAUUCCUUCCUUAUUGUUUUAUUCCUUCCUUCCUUAUGGUUUAUUCUUUCCUUCCUUAUUGUUUUAUUCUUUCCUUCCUUAUUGUUUUAUUCCUUCCUUCCUUAUUGUUUUAUUCCUUCCUUCCUUAUUGUUUUAUUCUUUCCUUCCUUAUUGUUUUAUUCCUUCCUUCCUUAUUGUUUUAUUCCUUCCUUCCUUAUUGUUUUAUUCCUUCCUUCCUUAUUGUUUUAUUCUUUCCUUCCUUAUUGUUUUAUUCCUUCCUUCCUUUUGUUUUAUUCCUUCCUUCCUCAUUGUUUUAUUCCUUCCUUCCUUAUUGUUUUAUUCUUUCCUUCCUUAUUGUUUUAUUCCUUCCUUCCUUAUUGUUUUAUUCUUUCCUUCCUUAUUGUUUUAUUCCUUCCUUCCUUAUUGUUUUAUUCCUUCCUUCCUUAUUGUUUUAUUCCUUCCUUCCUUAUUGUUUUAUUCUUUCCUUCCUCAUUGUUUUAUUCCUUCCUUCCUUAUUGUUUUAUUCUUUCCUUCCUUAUUGUUUUAUUCUUUCCUUCCUUAUUGUUUUAUUCAUUCCUUCCUUAUUGUUUUAUUCCUUCCUUCCUUAUUGUUUUAUUCCUUCCUUCCUUAUUGUUUUAUUCCUUCCUUCCUUAUUUUUUUAUUCCCUUCCUUCCUUAUUGUUUUAUUCCUUCCUUCCUUAUUGUUUUAUUCUUUCCUUCCUUAUUGUUUUAUUCUUUUUCCUUUUAUUCCCUUAUUGUUUUAUUCCUUCCUUCCUUAUUGUUUUAUUCCUUCCUUCCUUAUUGUUUUUCUUUUUCCUUCCUCAUUGUUUUAUUCCUUCCUUCCUUAUUGUUUUAUUCCUUCCUUCCUCAUUGUUUUAUUCUUUCCUUCCUUAUUGUUUUUAUUCUUUUAUUCCUUCCUUAUUGUUUUAUUCCUUCCUUCCUUAUUGUUUUAUUCCUUCCUUCCUUAUUGUUUUAUUCCUUCCUUCCUUAUUGUUUUAUUCCUUCCUUCCUUAUUGUUUUAUUCCUUCCUUCCUCAUUGUUUUAUUCCUUCCUUCCUUAUUGUUUUAUUCCUUCCUUCCUCAUUGUUUUAUUCCUUCCUUCCUCAUUGUUUUAUUCCUUCCUUCCUCAUUGUUUUAUUCCUUCCUUCCUUAUUGUUUUAUUCCUUCCUUCCUCAUUGUUUUAUUCUUUCCUUCCUUAUUGUUUUAUUCCGUCCUUCCUCAUUGUUUUAUUCCUUCCUUCCUUAUUGUUUUAUUCCUUCCUUCCUCAUUGUUUUAUUCUUUCCUUCCUUAUUGUUUUAUUCCUUCCUUCCUCAUUGUUUUAUUCCUUUCUUCCUCAUUGUUUUAUUCCUUCCUUCCUCAUUGUUUUAUUCCUUCCUUCCUCAUUGUUUUAUUCCUUCCUUCCUUAUUGUUUUAUUCUUUCCUGCCUUAUUGUUUUAUUCUUCCUUCCUCAUUGUUUUAUUCCUUCCUUCCUUAUUGUUUUAUUCCUUCCUUCCUCAUUGUUUUAUUCUUUCCUUCCUUAUUGUUUUAUUCCUUCCUUCCUCAUUGUUUUAUUCCUUCCUUCCUUAUUGUUUUAUUCCUUCCUUCCUCAUUGUUUUAUUCCUUCCUUCCUCAUUGUUUUAUUCCUUCCUUCCUCAUUGUUUUAUUCCUUCCUUCCUUAUUGUUUUAUUCUUUCCUUCCUUAUUGUUUUAUUCUUUCCUUCCUUAUUGUUUUAUUCCUUCCUUCCUCAUUGUUUUAUUCCUUCCUUCCUUAUUGUUUUAUUCCUUCCUUCCUCAUUGUUUUAUUCUUUCCUUCCUUAUUGUUUUAUUCCUUCCUUCCUCAUUGUUUUAUUCCUUCCUUCCUCGUUGUUUUAUUCUUUAUUGUUUUCUGUAUUAUUCUCGUUUUUUUCUAUCUUUUUCCUUCUGUUUAUACAUUCUCUCAUUUUCUCACACGUAUCCUUCCAUCCUUAAAUCUUGA